UAGGCUGUCAUUUUUAUUAAAUUUUUGUUUAUGUUUCUCUUUUAUAUGUUUUAAAUUAAAAAAAUUAAAUAAAAAUAUUUAUAAUAUUAUAAAAAUAUGAGUGAUCUUAUGUUAUAUGGAACAACGCUUUCUGCAGAAUCUAUAAAAGUUAUCGCUGAGAGUAUAGGUGUUGGUUCAUUACCUGAUGAUGCCGCAAAAGAAUUAGCUGAAGAUGUAUCAUAUAAAUUAAAACAAAUAGUUCAAGAUGCAGCCAAAUUUAUGCAUCAUGCGAAAAGACAAAAAUUGUCAAUAAGUGAUAUAGAUCAUUCGUUAAGAGUUCGUAAUAUUGAACCACAGUAUGGAUUCACAUGUACUGAUUUUAUUCCUUUUCGAUUUGCUUCUGGUGGUGGUCGUGAGUUACACUUCACAGAGGAAAAAGAAAUAGAUUUAGCUGAAAUAAUUCAUGGAGCUCCGCCAAAAGUACCCUUAGAUAUAUCAUUAAGAGCACAUUGGUUAUGUGUUGAUGGUAUACAACCAACUGUACCGGAAAAUCCACCACCGUUAUCAAGAGAACUUCAAGCACUCGAGUCAGUGAAUCCUGUUGUAAAAUUAGAACAAGGUUUGACUAAAGAUGCUGCUAGUAAACCGGCUAUAGGAAAAUUACACAAAUUAAAAAAUGUUGAGACUGUUCACGUUAAACAACUUGCCACACACGAAUUAUCUGUGGAACAACAACUUUAUUACAAAGAAAUAACUGAAGCUUGUGUUGGAGCAGACGAACCUAGACGUGGCGAAGCUUUACAAUCGUUAGCUUCAGAUCCUGGUUUACACGAAAUGUUACCUCGUAUGUGUACAUUUAUAGCGGAAGGUGUAAAAGUUAAUGUUGUUCAAAAUAAUUUAGCUCUCCUUAUAUAUUUGAUGCGAAUGGUUAAAGCACUUUUAGACAAUCCAUCUUUGUACUUAGAAAAAUAUUUACAUGAACUUAUACCAUCAGUUUCAACUUGUAUAGUAUCAAAACAAUUAUGUAUGAGACCUGAAUUAGAUAAUCAUUGGGCACUGAGAGAUUUUGCAGCUCGAUUGAUGGCCCAAAUUUGCAAAAAUUUCAAUACUUCAACGAAUAAUUUGCAAACUCGUGUUACAAGAAUAUUUAGUACUGCGUUGCAAAAUGAUAAAACGCAUCUUUCAUCACUAUAUGGAGCAAUAGCAGGUCUUUCAGAAUUAGGUGGUGAAGUUAUUAAAGUAUUUAUAAUACCUAGACUGAAAUUUAUAUCUGAGAGAAUAGAAUCACAUCUUCAAGGUCCCACUUCUAGUAAUACAGAUAAAAUUGCAGCAGGUCAUAUCAGAGCUAUGUUACAAAAGUGUUGUGCACCCGUAUUAAAAACUAUGCGUAAUCAGCCAGAUUUAGUAGACGAUUACAAGCGAGACUAUGGUUACAUUGGACCAACUUUGCAUCAAGCUGUAGCUAAAGCUAGAAAUGCACCAACGCCUGCCACAACAACCACUGGCAAUAAUAUUACCACAACAACAACAGUAUCAAUUGUUAAUACAACAAUUGCAACUGCAGCAACGACAGCAAGUCGAGCGCAAAUAUUACAAACAACUCCACGUAUCACUAGUUUAUAGUACACUUCAGGAAAUAUAUAUUUUUUUUAUUUAUAAAAUAAUGCAAUAAAAUUGAAAAUACUAUUCAAUUCAUUUUUAAAAUAAAUGUAAAUUAAGAAAUUAUUAAAGAACGUGCGAUUAAGUCAAUUUGAAGUGUUACUUCAAAUCUUAGCAUGCACUUUAUAUGUAAAAAGCAC